UCUUCUCUCAGUUGGGAAAUGCAUAUGGCGGCAGCAUGGACGUAAGAAAUGUUUAGAAAGUAAAAAGUAAGAGAAGAUCAUCUCAGAUGCAUUAGAUCAUUAUCAAUUUACAGUGAUUAGGAAGUAGAAGAUCUAGAAACUCAAUAUGGCUCGAAACGCAGAAAAAGCCAUGACCAUGCUAUCAAGAUGGUAUGAUGUCAAAAGGAAAGAAGCAGGAAAAGGCAUACCAGAAAGACGACCAUUUUUAGCAACAGAAUGUGACAAUUUACAAGAAGCUGAAAAGUGGAGGCACCAGAUCAUUAGAGAAGUCGCCAAGAAGGUUGCACAGAUACAAAAUGCUGGUCUUGGUGAGUUUCGUAUACGUGAUCUCAAUGAUGARAUCAACAAACUUUUAAGAGAGAAAAGACACUGGGAAGAUAGAAUAGUUGAACUUGGUGGUCCUAACUAUAAAAAAAUUGGUCCAAAGAUGUUAGACCAUGAAGGAAAAGAAGUUCCUGGCAACAGAGAUAUUUUGGCGCAGCAAAGGAAUUACCUGGUGUAAGAGAAUUAUUUGAACAAGAACCUCCAAAAGCACCCAGAAAGACAAGAGGAGAACUGUACAAAGAUGUUGAUGCAGACUAUUAUGGAUAUAGAGAUGAAGAUGAUGGAGUUUUAGUUCCCAUAGAACAAGAAGUUGAAAAAGAUGCUAUAGCAAGAGCCAUUGAGGAAUAUCAAGCAAAAAAAGAACAAGAGAUGGAAGAAGAUGACGAGGAAGAAGAAGAUAUUUAUGCUGUCCAACCUGAACAAGAGGGUAGUGAUGAAGAAAUGGCAACUGAUGAAGGAGGGGAAGGAAGCCAAUCGUUUGUAKCCCAUGUUCCAGUACCAUCUCAGCAAGAGGUUGAACAGAUGCUUGUUCAAAGAAAGAAAAUGGAAUUAUUGGACAAAUAUGCAAGUGAAGCGCUGAUGCAGCAAAGUCAAGAAGCCAAAGCACUUCUUGGUUUAUAGUGAAUCGAAGUCAUAACUCUUACUUUACUCUAUAGUGUACAYAUAUGGCAAUCAUCCAAUUAGCAUUUAUCGUCAUCUUAAUGUACUGUGUAUAAACAAGAGAAAGACCUAAUAAAUAUAUAGUGGUUGUACAGUCUUCAAAACUCAAAUAGUAUAAAAAUAUGAGUUGUCUAAUGAAUACUAAUCAUAAUUUUUCAAAAACAGUGUUGGGUAAGAUACAUGUUAUCAUUAUAUGGGGCAUCAUGAGUAUAUCAUGUGAUUAUCAUAAAUCGCAAAUAAUUCCAAUACUCUAAAGGUUAUUCAAGCACAAUCUGCAGUGUUAUGACAAACUAAACAUUUAUCUUGGAAAUAUCAACUGCCCUAUAUAUUGAUAUUGURUUUAUUUAAGUUAGCAGAAUUAGUAGGAAUUAUUAUUACUAUUUGUUUCAAAAAUUAAGUGUGUUUACUCUCUCAACCUGGAAGUUUAUUGGCAGCAUAGACAGGUCRUAAUGUGUGCUCAUUUAAGUUGCAUUUUGUUUAUCACUUAAAAAAUAGUAGCUGAGAAGCCCAGMAAGGAGCAAACUAAUGAACUGGAGUCAUUCUUAYUGAAUAUUUCAUAGUGCWGUCYGUGCUCUUUUGACAAACACAGUUAUCCUUAUAGAGGUACUGGAUGUAAAGUGCAAAUAUAACAUGAAAAAACAUUGUAUUAGAAACUAYUGCAUGCUAUAUUAUGUAUUUGUGAAUUAUUCUUUAAUAAAUACUCUGAGGAUAACUUUGUGAAAA